UGUUUUGGCGGGAAGAGAACCAGUCUUCUGACAGGCCAACUUCAUCUUGUGAUUUCUCUUCUUACAAUUCUCACCGACUUGUCUUUAUAUUUCAAUUGUAUUAGAUUUAGAACAUUUAUACAUGUAUUUUAAAGUUUAGUAUUAACAGUGUUAUUAUAGAUCGUAAUUUAUUUAAUGGAAUUGUAAUUAAGUUUUGAAACACAGUAAUAACCUGUGUCACUCUGGUACAAUGGAUAUUCGGGAAGGUAUCAAGUCACAGUUUCUAGAUUUGGGUAUUGAAUUAUCGGACAGUAUCCUUGAUAAAUGUGUGGAAAUAUGUGUUCUUCACAAUAUUGAUGAGGACGCAUUUGUGGAGACAUGGAUGGCUUACAGUGUUACCAAUUUGGAAGGGGAAGCCCCAACCAUUGAGACCCUUUCAACUAUGGAACGGAAAGAAUUUGCCAAUAAAAGCAAAAACGGCUCUACAAAUACACCUGGUUCUCGGCCGUCAACUACUCCAUUGACCAUAUAUAACAAAACUCCAACAAGCAGCAAAAAACCUGCAGUUGAAAACUGGAAUCGACUUGAAAACAUCACUCCUAAGGGGACAAAGAAUGCAGGCUUGUUUGGAAAACAUUUGUCCACUCCAGUUUCACAACCUAACUUUUCACCCGCCAGCUUUUCCCCUAUUUCAACAACCCCGUCAGGGAAGUACUCUGCUCGGACAAAUGCAGGAGAGGCGGUGGUUGACUUUGUGGAACGAACACCUGGUGAUUGGAUGGGUAAGGAGAGAGUGGCGCUCACCAUCGCUCCAUACAGAGAUGAGGUGCUCACCACCCGCUGCCGUAUUAUGAUGGAGCCUCUCUCCGAGAAGGCUGCAGUCUUGAAUGAUGUAAUCGAGCGUGUAGGCAGCUACCUGGUCGAGAUCAACGGGUUGCAAGAACCUACUUAUAAUCACAGUGUUAGUGCGACAGAGGUAGUAUGUGUGGGCCGCAUCUGCUGUGACUCCAAUGAUCAUCUGAAUCCCAGCUCCGUACUACUGGAAGGUUCCCGGGACAAGUGCCUCGGGCAAUCCGUCCUACUAGACCUCUCUCGCCUGACACACUUCACACUGUUCCCUGGUCAGGUCGUUGCUGUAGUCGGAGUCAACCCGACAGGACAACGUUUUAUUGCAACCAAACUGUACCACUCCGCUCCUCUCCCUUUGCCACCUGUAUUGCCAAGGUUCACUGCUCCAAUUGAGAUCGUGAUAGCAGCAGGACCAUUCACUCAGACAGACAGCCUGACUUAUGAGCCUCUUGAAGAUCUGAUGCGGUAUGUCACCAGUCACCGGCCUCACGUCCUCAUUCUCAUUGGGCCUUUGGUAGAUCUCCGACAGCCACAGCUCACUGCUGGCUCCAUCGCAGAGACUUAUGACGACUUCUUUGACAAAAUAGUUAAAGGCAUUGUUAACCAACUGAAAGGGAGCUGGACGCAGGUGGUGGUGGUAAGCAGUGCUGAUGAUGCAGCAUGUCUACCAGUGUUUCCCACUCCUCCCCCCCUAUCACAAAACCCUUCCCCUCCUCUCCACCUUGUGUCUGACCCUGCCCUGCUCAGUAUCAAUGGCCUUGUCAUCGCUCUUACAGCCACCGACUCUCUGAUGCACCUCGGCAAGGAAGAAAUAUCCUUUCCUCCUGGAGGCAGUGACAGACUGGGUCGGUUGGCAUCACAUCUAAUUCAGCAGCAGCACCUGUACCCCCUGUGGCCUCCCAGUGAGGGACUGACUGUAGACUCUGAGCUGUGGGAUGCCCAUGCUAGUCUACCCCUCACCCCUCAUGUUCUUGUAACCCCCUCACAUUUCAGGUAUUUUAUAAAGCAUCUGCAUGGUUGUCUGGUUAUAAACCCUGAACACCUGACCAAGGGAACAGCAGGUGGAACUUUUGCCCGGCUGGAGGUGGAACCGCCUACAGACGAUGUCUGGACACCUGCCUCUCACAUCUCCGUUCAGAUCGUCAAAAUAUAAUAUUGUGCCUUAUCUGCCAAGUAUUGUAUUAUAAAAUAUGUUACCUUA